AUGGUAAAUACUGGUCCCCAAGAUCUGGCUGCCCUCAAUGAGGGCUUCCUUGUUGUACCUCGAAACAAAACUUCCACACCUUCCUCAAGUGUUGAAGAAGGGUCCCCAAAGUCCUUGAGAAAGGUGGAGCCUCAAAAAGAUCAGCACGUGUUACCUGAAUGUGCUGACAAUACACUGGAUAAGGGAAAAGCACACCUGAAGGUGGCCAAGGACCAGCCCUUUCAUGCACUUCAGCAGUUCAUCAAUGGGGUAGAUAUUGGGUUGGGCCAAUUCAAAGCCCUGGAUCUGGGCCUGAGAGUGGUGACUGGUGUCUUUGAGAGUCUGGGGUCAUCUCAGGAGUGGUCUCUGGACUUUUCUUCAAUUUUAAAGAAAUUUUCUCGAAAAAAAACUGUGGCCCCCCUCGUUGUGAAGAGACGUCAAGUCCUCCCUGUUGCCUUCACAGAAACAGCCCAGAUAACAACGGAAGUGCUACCUGAAAAUGCUGAUGCUGCACCUUCAGCAGGGGAACAGGGAGAGCCACCAGUGGGGAUGGCGAAGGAGGAGAGGAAAAAACGUAGACACAUCUUUUCCAUAUUAAGAGGAAUUUGUCGGAAGAAAACCGUAACCCCUCAGGACACAAAAACACCUUCAGCCUCUGAGGGUCCUUCGACAAAAACAACUGAAAAGAACACCAAAGAUCUACCAGAAAAUACUGACAACCAACUUACACCAGAUGACCAAAAACGCACACCAGACACUAUGGAGUCGGUGGAAGUAAGAAGGCGCAGACUCAUAAGUUUACUAAUAAAGACAAUUAAAGAGAAGCAAGCUAUGGACACUCAGAAUGCGAUGGGACCUGAAGUCCAUAAGGAUACUUCAGCUGAAACUACUGUACACAGUAAGAAAGUAGAUGUACCGGAGCAUACUCACAACCCACUUCCUCUAGAUGACCAAAAAGGCACACCAGACACUAUGGAGUCGGAAUGCAAAAUGUUCCAGACAUUAAACAGCUAUUUUUUAAAAAAGGAGAGUUUGAACCUCAUGAUGAGGGGUCCUGGGAAGAAUACCAAAGCUAUUUCCCACAUGCCAUUCAUGUUCCCGACUCUAGACAAACUUUGCAGAUGGUUUCCACCAUGGUAGAGAGUUCCCAGGUGGGAGACUCGGAUGUUGAAGAACAACAAGAACAACUGGAUAGUAAAGAGAAUUUUCC